AUGGAUCAAAUAGAACGUCGCUGCGCCGGUUUGACAGCGCUUUUGCAUCGGCUGAACCCGGAUGUUGAUAUCGAGGACGCACUGAAGACGACGACUGUUCCACCAAGAGGUCUUCAGGCCGCAGCUUCUGAUGGAGUGAGUUCCGCUUCGGUAGAUGAGUUUGAAUGGAGCGAAUCUUCAUUGGGGUCUCCUGGUGAGCUUCGAAGAGUGGGUCUGGAUGGUAUGGCAUCUCUGCCCACAGGGAGCAAGGAAGCUGGCUAUCUCGGAAGUAGCGCAGGUUCCAGUAUCUUGAGAACUGUCCCAGGCCUGAUCCCUGAGCAUUCUGGUUUAGAGACCAAUCGGCGGACACAGGUCUCCCGCGGAGACCUCAAUCAAAGUCCGGAUCUGCUGCUUUCAGCACAUCUAGGUACCUCCGCCGUCCUUGAUGGUCUAGUUAACGCAUAUUUCACAUAUUACAAUACAUCCUAUCCGAUCCUGCAUGAGAGUACAUUUCGACAACAAUAUCAGAAUCGCCACAGACUGCAAGAUCGGUCAAGUUGGCAUCCCAUAUUCUACACUGUCCUGGCAAUAGGGAAUUGGAUUCUCGGCGGCACAUCUGGCUCCAGAGAGUGUCAAUAUUAUUCCGCUGCACGAUCGCCCUAUCGUAUGGCUCUUGGGUUGGGGCUUCAUCGCGAGUCUUCAGCCGGAGCGAAGACUGAUUCAUUAUUCCAUGAGCGAAGAAGAGUUAUCUGGUGGAUCGUGUAUUGCUUCGAUAUUGGGUUCGGCAUUACUACUGGGAGACCUGUCAUGGCCUCCGAUAGUUUCAUUGAGACUUGCCUGCCCCGCAAUAUAGACGAUUCGUAA